AUGGGAGAAGGAAAUAGGAACGAACGCGAGGAAAGGUUUGCUAUCCCCCUCUCUCUCUUUUCGUUUCAGAAUUGGUUCGCAAUGGUCCCAUUUUUUUUCAAUAAGCCUUUGUACCGGGUUCAACCCCAUGUGUCCUUUAUAACUCCGGAAAGAACAGCAAAGACGAUUCCAGCAAUUUCUCGCUGGACCCUUGCUGCUGGUGCUGCAGUAUUUUUAUUUGCCAUGCAAGUUCCCAAGGUGAAGUCUACGAUUUUGCAGCCGAUUGCUUUCCUUGGAGACCACUUCAAGGACAAGACUCCUGAAGAAGACAAGUGGUUGUAA